AUGGCCGCGCUGCGCUUCGGGGAGCCGCCGGCGGAGCCGCCCGCCUUCCCCGCGGGCAGGUGGGCGGGGGGCGGCGGGCCCGGCCCGGCCUCGCCCGCCCUCAGGGCGCUGCCCCCGGCCGAGCCGUCGGAGGGGGCUGUGCCGGCGGCCUCGCAGCGGAGAAAGCGGACCAGCUUCACGGCGGCGCAGCUGGAGACGCUGGAGCUGGUUUUCCAGGACACCAUGUACCCCGACAUCUACCUGCGGGAGAAGCUGGCCGACGCCACGCAGAUCCCCGAAUCCCGCAUCCAGGUGUGGUUCCAGAACCGCCGCGCCAAGUCCCGCCGCCAGCGAGGUCCGCCCCGGCCCGGCCCCGCCGCGCCCCCGCCGGGCUGCCCGCGCCCGCCGCGCUUCGCCGCCCUGCGCGCCCCGGAGCGGCCCCGCUGCGCGCUCUCCGCGCUGCCCCGCACGGAGGACGGCUCGGCCCCCUACGCGUGGCCGCCGGCCGCCGGGUUCCCGCCCGGCCCCGGCUUCGAGGGCUUCUCGGCCGGCCAGCCCGGCGGGGCCGAGCCCGGCCCGUUCGCGGGGAGCGGCGCCGGCCCCUUCCCGCCGGCCCGCGCCUUCUGCGGGCAGUACUCGCCCGUGUCGGACGCCGAGGACACCAGCGGCUACUCGGAGUCGGGCUCGGAGUGGGAGGAGAACGCGCUCGGCGCCUUCCGCGCCCUCUGA